AUAUUUUUUACGUCCAAAGGAUGAAGUAGGAGUAAUAUUAAUGGGAUCAGAUAACAGUAGAAGCAACAGUGUCAUAGAAUUUGACAAUAUACAAGAUUUAUGUUCCAUGCAAGUUGGAAACUGGAAUUUGAUAGAAAACAUUGAGAAAUUACAAACCACAAAUCAGCAUUGUUCUUGGAUGGAAGCAAUUUAUGCUGCGGUUGAAUAUAUUAACCAUGAAUGCUUAUCUGAAAAGAAAAUAAUCCUGCUGUCUGAUUUCAAUGAAGAAGAAGAUGUUGUAAAUCAGUUCAAAAUGAAAGAUAUUGCAAAGACAUUAAGUUCAGAGGAUAUUUCACUCAUAGCAAUCGGAGAAAGAGCACUGGAUAUAGAUGAAGAUUCUCAAACAGCCAGUGAAGCAUUACUUAUAAAUGUUUUGCAAGAGAUUAAUGGUCAAUAUCUCACUUUUGAACAUGCUAUGGCAGAUGUACGCUUUUAUAAACGGCCAUCGACUAAACCGAUGCCAUGGUGCUGUCACAUGGAAUUAGGCGAUUUUCACAUACCGAUUGCUGGAAUUUCUAAAAUGCCAACAGAAGUAAAGUUACCAAAAAUGAUACAUGGAAAGACAAGUACAUCCGAUAAUCCGGAUCAGGAAGUACCGAUUAAGAAUGUCGCACAAUGGACGGAUAAUAAUAGGACUAUUCAUACACAAGAGGAUAUUAUCCGUGGUUAUGUGUACGGUGGCAAGUCUAUUCCGGUUUCGGAUGAAGCUAAGAAGGGAAUGACUCCCAAAACUAAUGAAAAAUGUUAUAAGAUACAUGGUUUUUCCGCAAGAGAAAGCAUUCGUAUGGAAUAUUGGUUAUCAGAUGGCUCAUAUGUUAUUGUACCUGCUAAUGAGUCGGUAAGUGCACCAUUUUACAGUCUGGUGCAAGCCAUGGUUGAAGAGAAUGUAGUCGCUAUAGUGGAGAAGGUCCACAGGGCAAACACUGAAGCAAACAUGGUUGCAUUAUUUCCGAGCGUUGAUGUACCAAAUGAACCUUGGUGUCUUAUUGAGAUCGGCUUGCCAUUCGAGCGAGAUUAUGGUGCGAUAGCACAGAGACCCUUGAAUUUUGUGAAAAAGCAAUUAUCAAAGGAACAAGACAAUGCUAUCGACGACUUGUUAACUUCUUUAGAAUUACCUGAUGCUGUUGACGAUGACGCAAUUGAUGUUAGCGAAAAAUAUUUACCGGGAUAUAUGCCAGAUCCUGGAGCGCAACAUAUGUGGGAUAUGCUAUCAGCUCGUGCGCUAAAUCCAGACAAGCCAUUGCCACCUAUUGCCGACGAUGUAAAAAAUCUUGUAGAGCAACCCGACUUUCUGAAAGAAAAAUGUGGACCGGUUACAGAAAAGAUAAAAAAAUUGUUCUCCUUAGAAAAGAAGCAACCUCUUAAUAUUAGGAAGCGUAAAAGCUCAAACGAAAGAGAUAAUGAACGAUCUAAUAACAGUGACGUAAUAAUACCAAAAUCAGUUAAAACAGAUGAAAAAAAUAUUUCAAAAGAAAAUAAUGAUGAACCGAAGAAUAUGAUUUCUUCUAAUGAAUGCAAUUUUAACUUUGAUGAAAUUCGUACUAUCCAACAAACGGUCCUCGAGCAGAGAGGACGCGGUGAUUCAGUCGACGAGAAGACGUUGCGUCGUGAAGAUCAACAGGUGCGAACGAACGUUCAUCGUCGGAGAACAACCAUGGGGAACAUUUACGUCUGCAGCCUGCUCGUCGUAUUCGCGGCGCUUCUCGUCGCGGUGCAAUGCGGCGAUAUAAUGCGCAAGAGCAUCGUCUUCGACAAGAAUACUCCGGAUGUGUUUUACUGUCCGCAACACAAACCGAUCGGUUUCGAGAAGAUGCUGGUCAAGGCGAGACCGCUCUCUAGGCUUUGCCAGUUUGAAGGUCGCCCGAUACCAGAAGAUUACAAGAGUGAUUGCUAUAACGACGUGGACGAAACUGAGUACGCCUGCAAGGAGAAGUAUAGAAUUAUGACGAGACUUCAUCCACCGGGUAGCGACACGCCUUAUAACGGGACACGCCUAUUCAAGUUCUUAGCCUUCAAUAAAGAUUUACCGUAUGCGCAAAAGAAUAAGGUGUAGAGAACAGCGGCCGUACCGUUUCAAGGACGAUAAAAUGUUAAUGAAUGUGAUUAAAAAUAUUAGCGCCGGAACAUUUGCUGCAUUAUA